AUGAAAUAUAUUGUUAGCCGGGUUUUAAGGGAUAUGAAAGAUGCGCCUGACACUGAAAAUUUGAGUUCAUGGGGCUAUCAACCUGCUGUAUGGUAUGGUGGGUGUGAUAGCCUUGAUAGUGUAGGUUUCGACAUCCCUGUAGACUCCUAUAAGCUGGGGUUUAAAUUCGGAGUUCUAGGUAUAAACGAACUUGAACGUCUUAGUGUUACUUCAGUUAUCUUUUGUAUGCAAUUAUUCAGUAAAAUCCCACGUGUUAACGCAAGUUUCUUUUUCAGAAUGUCUACGAAAAAGUCAGACGAAGAGUGGAAAUGUGUUUUGAACGCCGAACAGUAUCGAGUGGCUCGUCUUAAAGGCACAGAAGCACCGUUCACCGGUGAAUAUUACCAUAAUAAAGAAAAGGGUGAAUACCUUUGUGUAUGUUGCGGAUCAAAACUUUUUGACUCAUCUGCAAAGUUCGACAGUGGGUCAGGUUGGCCAUCAUUUUAUCAAGUUUAUGGAUCAAACGGGCGAGACGAUUCGCAAACAAAUGUUACUAGAACAGAAGAUAAUUCACUGGACUCGACGAGAAUAGAAAUCUCAUGUAAACAGUGUGGCGCUCAUCUAGGCCAUGUGUUCGAAGAUGGACCUAAACCAACCGGUUUACGUUAUUGUGUAAACAGUGCAUCUUUGUCAUUUAGAAAAUCAGAAUAA